AUGGGUUCCAGAAUAAAUGAUCUGCUAUCAUUGUUAAAUAUUGGCUUUGAUGAUGCUCUAUUCGUGGGAAUCUGUGGUUUUGGUGGCAUCGGGAAGACAACUAUUGCCAAGGCUGUCUACAAUAGGAUCUUUCCAACCUUCGAUAGGCACAGUUUUCUUUCAGAUGUUAGAGAACAAGCAACACAAUGCAAGGGUCUAGUGUCUUUGCAGAAGAAACUUCUUAAAGAUAUUUUCAAAAGCGACUAUGACAUUGAAGAUUUACAUAGAGGAAAGAAAUUAAUAGAAGAAAGAGUUUGUAAAGAAAAAGUUUUUCUUGUUCUUGAUGAUGUGGAUAGUAAAGAACAGAUUGGUGCUUUGGCUGGUGGGCUCAAUUGGUUUGGUCAAGGAAGUCGGGUCAUAAUCACAACGAGAGAUGAAAAUAUUUUGAACAUAGCUAAAGUCAGUACAGAUAAAAUAUAUAGACCCCCAUUUCUAGAUCAUGAGAAUUCUCUUCAACUAUUUAGUUGGCAUGCCUUUCAAAGCAAACAACCUCCUGAAGAAUAUAUGCAACUCUCAUGUGUUGUGGCAAUACAUUCUGAAGGGUUGCCUUUAACUCUAGAGGUGUUUGGGUCUUAUCUGUCAGACCAUAGCGACAAAGAAACAUGGGAAAGUACAUUACAGACUUUGAAAGAAAUUCCUCCUGUAGAAGUCCAGAGAAGGUUGAAGAUAAGCUAUGACAACCUAGAAAACGAUAAUCAAAAAGCCAUAUUUCUUGAUGCUGCAUGCUUUUUCAUUGGAUGGACGAAAGAGACUCUAAUUUCCAUAUGGGAAGCUUGUGGCUAUCAUCCAAAGUCAGCAAUAUGUAGAUUAAUAAAAAGAUCCCUUCUAAAAUUUGAAAAUAGAUGGGAUGGUGAAUGCUUGAUGAUGCAUGACCAUAUUCGAGACAUGGGAAGAGAAAUUGUCUUAGAAGAAAGCCGUAUGGAGCCGGGAAAACGUAGUAGGUUAUGGUCUGAUGGUGAAAUCAUGGAAGUACUAGAAGAACAUAAGCCUUUACUACGUCGUUUCAAAUGA